UUCUAUAUAAAUUAUGCAUAUAAUAAGCUGAUAUGCAUAAUUAUAUACGUCUUCUAAAUCUAUAGAAUUUAGUACUAGCGGAAUAGGACCCACAUACAGUGACGCCAAACACAGCAGUGCAAGCAAGUUUAUAGGCGCCUUAAUUUGUCUAGUGCUAAAAAGUUUAUUGCGAGGUAAUGGAUGAAGAAGUGGCCCAGGUCCCUGAUGAUGAGAAUUACAGUACCGUCGAGCAGGAUAUUUAUGCUCAGAUUCUGGAAGACAUUUGCGAUAAUAUGCCAACUGAAGUAGAUACAGAUGUGGAAUAUGCCCCUUAUGGCGGUGAACGGUUGUUGGAUGGUGCAUAUACGCUUGACUUUCAUGGCAUGGCUGAUAUAAAGAAAAAACCAAAAGUUGCUGACAUUAAGCAUUUACAUAUUAUGAAAACCUUUCUAAAGCUCGCCCGCAGAAGAGGAUUUCGCAUGUUACAGAUGCUUUUGUUUCCUAAAAGAGUUGACAAAUUCUGGACAAUUCUUAAAAAUGUUUGGAUUAUUAGCGAGCUUCUUUUUCUCUUUACAGGCCUUGGUCUAUCAAUAUACGAUAUAACUACAACAGAUUCCGAGUCUGUUGCACUGUACUCUUGGAUUGAGCUGGGAUUUGCUAGUCUCGGGUGCUUACUGGCUACAGUGGAUGCAGUUGCCUCUUUAUGGCCGUGUCAAGUGUGCUGCAAUGCUUUUGGAAAUGUUUGUGAUCGAUGCCAUUUUCUUAAAUCGUGCUUGAACACUGGUCGGAUUUUGCUCACUGAGCUUAUAAUAACUCCCCUUAUAAUCUGUGAUCUAUUUGGUCUUUUCAUCGAGCAAGAUUACAAGUGUGAAAAUGAAAAUCAAUGUGUAAAGUUUGCUCACUUUGUAAUAGAUGUUGUUGCUACCAUCCUUUUUCUUUAUAUUGUUCGCAUCUUUGUUCUUGUUGCCACAGUCAAAAGUAUAUACAAAAUUCAGUCGCCCAAAGAAGGUAGCGUAGAGAAAGGAAGUGUGCCUACUAGACCUCAGGUUGAGAAACGUGCAUUCAAGUUUACUGUCUUCCUUGUUAUACACACGGCUCUUCAAUUACUUGCUCAUUUCAUCAUGAUUGUUGCCAUUGGUGCACAAAUACGCUACGAAAAUAACCACCUUUACAUUCAGUCUGUCAGCAGUUGUCCCGGAAAUUACUGUAUAAGUGGUUUCCUUAUUUACAUGUCUACUGCUGCUUGUAUCUUGCCCAUUCUUGGACUCUUCAGCUACUUUGUAUACACUAACUUUUGGUUUCAAGAAUGUCCAAUCUCUGUUCUUGUUGACUUUUUGCACGUGAUUGUAGCACCUGGUGGAAAGGAUAUUAUCGAAAUGAAGGAAAACAAGAAAAUAGAUAAAAAUGCUUUGGUAAGAACAAUAAACUCCAUAAGCAACAACGUGCAGAAUAAUUUCAAGGAACUUGUACAGACAAGCUUUAAGACAAAACUUUUAUACCCAUUCAGGAAUUCAACGUGUGUAGUUUUCUGCCUCUUUUAUGCGGCUUGUCAGUUGGCUUUUUACAUAGUUGCUGGAUAUGGGUAUGUCAGUGUGAGUCACAUCCUCGACAGUCCAUGGCUGUUUGGUUUCACUAUUUUCGGAGGAGUAUAUCUAUUGUUGAUUAACAUUUACGUCUUCAUUAUUGCUGCCUAUUGGUUCAUUAUCAUAGUAACCUUGACGACUUUACAGGUGCUUGAAAUAUUGAUAUAUCUCGCUUAUUGUUUUUGCGUGACAUGUGACAUUCUUAACAAUCCUUGUAAAUAUUUACAAUCGUAACUGGACUCAUAGGUAGACUAUAUCAGUAUAACUUAUCGUUUAUUGAGUGUUCAUGCAGUUUGUUAAUUUGUAUACCAGUCCUAAGCAGUAAUUGUAGCUUACCACAGCCAUGUAAGUGGUGCUGUGAGUUAGAAUUUAAUUUUUGUAAAAGAGUGUCUUUUUAAAUUUAUUGUGGAUCGAUUGCAAUUAGUAAGAAUUUAAACAGUGUAGUUUCAAAUUAUUUUAUUAUGGAUCGACUGCAUGGUUAGAAUUUCAUUUUUGUAAAACAGUGUAGAUUCAAUAUUUGUAGUUGUUCUGAUUGUUGGUUGAUACUCCAAUUAAAUGUUGAUCAUUACAUGAAUAA